GAACUUGGCAUUGGAGUUCUCUUUAAUUAUUUCCAUAAUUUUAAAUCAAGCUGACACUCAGAUGAUUUGCUCCUUUACACAGCUGGAGACAUAGGAAAGUGCAAAGUGAAUUUGUUCACCCCUGAUUUGGAGAGACGGCAAAGCAGAUGGAAAGAAAUUUCCUGAUGGUGGACUGGAAUCUACUUCACGGCAUUCCAGAGAACAACACAUUGAAGUGGAAGAGUCACUAUCAUCAAGAAAUCACCAGCCUGUUCAGAACUUUAUGCUGAGAGGUAAUGUGCUCAAGUUUGUAACACCUGAGGAGACAGAUAUAAUCCAGCACUACCUGUCAGUCUAAGAGUGCAGACAGAUAUCUUGCUCCAGUAGAGGUGGGACUGCUCACAAUUCAGACUGCAGCCCACAGAAAGAGGGAUAGGUGGAACUUGGAAGUCCAUGGGAAUAUUGCCACCUCAUCCUAAAUAAUAAACCAGGGUUUUGGGCAAGAUGCAUUUCCGUCCGCGUUAUAUUGUUGACCGAUCGGCUUAUACAAUUCCUGACUUUGAUGAGGAGUACCAGAAGAAAAUCAGAAGUUACCCCCAUUCACAAAAAGCAAAGAAAUUCUUCAGCUGCUCAACAGCCAGGCUCAAAGCCCUUCUCAUUCAGUUCUUCCCAAUAAUUGGAUGGCUUCCGAAGUACAACAUUAAGAAGAGUUUAAUUUUUGAUAUCAUAUCAGGUAUCAGUGCUGGGACUAUCCAGGUCCCUCAAGGAAUGGCAUUUGCUUUGCUGGCCAGUCUCCCACCAGUCAAUGGAUUAUAUUCCUCAUUUUUUCCUCUUCUUGUCUACUUCUUCCUUGGAAGCAUACAUCACAUGGUCCCAGGUACCUUUGCUGUGUUGAGCAUUAUAGUUGGGACCGUGGUUCAAAAUGAGGCUCCUCUUGAAAAAUUUCAACAUUUCAAUGAAACUCUGAAUGAAACAAUCACAGAUAAUGCCGCUAUGAAUGCAUAUCGUAUGAGAAUUGCGGGAACUGUAACUUGCUUAACAGCUGUAAUACAGAUUUGCUUGGGCUUUGUUCAGUUUGGAUUUAUCUCCAUCUAUCUCUCCGAAUCCUUUAUCAGAGGAUUCAUGACAGCAGCUGGGUUACAAAUCUUAAUCUCACUGUUGAAAUACAUCUUCGGACUGACCAUUCACGCUUACAGUGGUCCACUGGCAAUAAUAUAUACAUUCAUUGACAUCUGUAAAAACCUUCCCAAAACCAAUGUAGCAGCGCUGAUUUUUGCUAUAAUUACUGGUGUGCUCCUGUUCAUUGUCAAGGAGAUUAAUGUCAGAUUUAAACACAAACUUCCAAUCCCUAUCCCAAUGGAAACUAUUUUGGUCAUUGUUACCACAGCAAUCUCAGGAGGUGCAAGAUUACCACAAAAAUUUGGUAUAGAUGUUGUCGGAGAGAUUCCCCUGGGGCUGCCUCCUCCAGAAGCUCCUCUGGUUAAUCUGUGGGGUGAUAUGAUUGGACCUGCAUUCUCACUUGCUAUUGUUGGAUACGUCAUUAAUCUAGCAGUGGGGAGGACAAUCUCGGCUAGGCAUAGCUACAUCGUCAACGCAAACCAGGAAAUGUUGGCACUAGGCUUGGGUAACUUUUUUGGAUCAUUCUUCCACAUCCAUGUUAUCUGUUGUGCAUUGUCAGUGACUUUGGCCAUAGAAGCAGGUGGUGGAAGCUCACAGUUUGCAAGUCUAUGUGUAGCGACAGUGGUCUUAGUGAUACUCCUGGUUUUAGGAACAUAUUUGGAGCCACUUCCGAAGGCUGUACUGGGAGCAUUGAUAGCAGUGAACCUGAAAAACACUUUAAUGCAGGUCACAGACCCCUAUUACCUGUGGAAGAAAAGCAAACUGGACUGUUGUGUGUGGAUAGUGAGUUUCCUGUCAGCAUUUCUACUCGGUUUGCCUUAUGGUGUAGCUGUUGGAGUUGGAUUUUCAGCGCUGGUUGUUGUCUUCCAAACACAAUUUCGGAAUGGCCAUCUUGUGGCACAAAUAGGAGCCAGUGACAUUUACAGAAACCCCAAGGUCUAUGAAAAGGCAAAAGAAAUCAGCGGCAUAAAAAUCAUAACCUACUGCUCCCCAUUGUAUUUCGCAAAUGUUGAGUUUUUCAGGAAAAAAGUAAUCAAAAAGUCGGGAUUUGAUCCAGUGAAGGUUUUGUUAGCCAAGAAGAAGUAUCUCAGAGCUGUCAAAAAGGAGGAGAGGGAAGCAGACACCAGGAGACCAAGUAAUCUCGGCAACAAGCAAGUAUCUCUACAGGAGCUGGUGAAAGAGGUGGAAGCUGAAACACCUAUGGACUGUAAUAAUAACUCAGUGGAUGAAGCUCCCAGAAUAUCCUACAUCACAGUCAACACUCCCAAUGGAUUACACGAAGGAACACCAAAAUCCCCAGCAGAGCCGGAAAACGUCGAAGACCCUAUUAAACUUGCACAUCCCAUAAUUGACAUUCAUACUCUUAUCUUGGAUAUGAGUGGAGUCUGUUUUGUGGACCUUAUGGGAAUUAAAGUAUUAGGAAAGAUGUGUUCAAAUUACAAGAAGAUUGGCGUAACAAUUUACCUGACUGGUAUACGAGAUCAGGUGUAUGAGGACAUCGAGUCUGGUGGAAUGUUUGAUGAGGGAGGGCUAGAGCGUAAUUGUCUCUUCCUCUCGGUCCAUGAUGCUGUCCUAUACACGCUGGCUAAAAUGAGUGAAAACAAACAGGAUGCAGCCAAGGAGAAAGUUUCUGAUGCAGCAGCUGUCUAUAUUAAUGAUGACAUGUCAAGUGAAGAAAAUGAUGAUGAUGAGGAUUUAGAACAGGUCAUGUUUGGAACAAUGUUUGAUCAUAGUGUCGGGGAUCAUACCAUUCUGUGAAUAGAUUCAGAAGUACACAAAAUCAAAUGCAAGUGAUUUGCACUCAAAGCCUGAACAGCUUUCAGAACAAAUAACUUGGCAAACGUGUAUUGUAAAGUGCUUUGCACUGGCGUCUGAUACACUGAGUGAUAUGGAAAAGAGCAUAACUGUGCAGGCACCAGUUAUUAUUAAACUGUGCAUCUUUUUUCUUGGUUGUAGUAUGCUAUUGCUUAUCUAAAACAAUGAUACUUGUGUGGAAUAUCUUGAUUUGGCACAUGUGAAAGUAUGUACUGUUGUACUUUGUUAAAGAUAUCUUAGCCCCAGUUCAGACAGUAGCUCUCCUUUCUGUGACACAAUGCUGAAAGCAGGGGCUCCCAAUUAUAAUGCUUUUUUUUUAAGGACAUGUUCAGAAAGAUGGGAAAAACCCCAUCCUGAGGCCACUUGCAACAUGACGUCUUAACCCAGUGUGCAAGGUGUCAGAUAAAGCACUGUGCUGCUCAUGGAUCAAAUGAGAUGUAGUGCCAUUGCAAGGAAAAUGUAAAUGGCUGAUUCCCAAAUGCACUUCCUUACUGCAAUAGCAGUCAGUGGGUGGCAAUAACCAGUAGCCUUGGCUGGCAUUCUUUUCUUCUUAACUCAAGCGCUGAAACCAGAAGCUGUGCCCUAUCUGAAAGUAGCUAAUUCAGGACAACUGGGAAUUAAAUCUGGAGCCUUCCUGGUUUGCAUGGAUCAGUAAUAUAUAUAGAAACAAAGAUCACAUUCGUUUUUUGAGCCAUUUUGAAGAGUAUUUAAGGAUGUUUGCAGAGAAGCAGCUUAAAUACUUUUCUUUUCCACAUUAAACACAACACAGAGAAGUAACACAGGGCAAACUAUAUUUCAUGAAGUAAUUUAAGCUGUCGGGUUCGGUGAAGCGCACUGCAUUUUAGAGAAUGGACUUGAGAGAUGUUCAUCGUGUAUUCCUUGAACAUUAUGUGACUGUUACCUUCAGUAAGCCCCACAGUUGCUGCCUAACAGUAAAGCAAACUGCUGCAUCUCAUUCAGAAAACAAAACCCACUCCUGUGCCAUUUCCCCACCUUUAUUGACACAAGUGCAUUCAAUGCAUGGCUGUGACAUCUCAAUGUAAGUUAUCUUGACAAUACAGGAAUAGGGUAGGGUUUUUCAUCUUCAUAAUUAUGAAGUAUAUCAUUCUCAAAGUAAUGAAUCAAUGUUUUGUUGCACUCCACUGUGAAAUAAAUGCAAUUGUUAUUUAACUGAUGAACACCAGUGUAUGCUAAUGAUACAUAAAUAAAUGUAAUAUAU